ACACACAGCACAUCUCAUCAGUCUGCAAAUUAGAAGACAUACACACAAUGAAAAUUACUUUAAGUUUACUUAUUUUCUUUUUACUUGUAACCAAGAGUUACCAAAAAAACCAAUGGGAUGGCUUUGGUUUGGCACUCAUAUGGCCCCCAGGCUAUUGUGCUUCCCUUGGUACCCGUUGCGUAGUGAGUAAGGUGAAAUCCGAUUUCACCAUCCAUGGUCUAUGGCCAUUUGUCAACUCCGGAGCAACGCUUGGGCCUGAACAAAAUUCAAAACCAUAUCAGCCAAUUCCAAAGAAUUCUCCGCUCUUCAAUCCACUCACUGCAAAUUGGCCUAGUAUUGAAGUAAACAAACCUGAUGAUGGUUUUUGGGCACACGAGUGGAAUAACCAUGGCAGGGCUUCCUUUACCCUCUUCAAUCAAACUCAAUACUUCGCUAAAGCACUGGAUCUGUUGCACAGGAACAAUAUCGCGCGUGUUUUACAAAAUGGUGGAAUUGCUCGCGGUCACCAGUACAAUGAUACCCAGAUUCUUAAAGCAAUCCGUCGUGCUUUAAAUGUGGAUGUCAAAAUUCAAUGCACAGCAAAGUACCUCGUCGAGGUUAGAAUCUGCUUUGAUCAAGCUGCAAAAGCCAUGAUCAACUGUAACACCAAAGGCAUCAGAGGAUACUGCCCAAAAAGCUUUACCUUCAAAUAUUAUAUUGCAUACCAAAUUUUGAAAGCUGCGUGCAAAACUCUCAUUAUGGUCAUUUCCGGGCUGAGUACAGGAGCAGUCAGUGGAUGAAUCACAAGCCUUGAUUGUAC